AUGACGGAUACCAAGCCAAACGAAGCUAGAAAAGAGGGUAAGAUGGAAGAUUUGCCUGCUAAGAAGCCCGUGACCAUCAUCUGCGUUGGCAUGGCUGGAUCUGGUAAGACCACAUUUAUGCAGAGGCUUAAUUCACAUCUUCACGCAAAAAAAAAUCCUCCUUACGUGAUCAACUUGGAUCCAGCAGUUAGGAGUGUUCCCUUUGGAUGUAACAUUGAUAUUCGGGACUCGAUAAAUUAUAAGAAGGUGAUGGAGACAUAUAAUCUUGGACCUAAUGGUGCCAUUGUAACUUCGUUGAAUCUAUUUGCUACGAAAAUCGACCAAGUGAUCGGUCUGGUGGAUAAAAGAUCGUCGAACUUCAAUCAUUGCAUUAUCGAUACUCCAGGACAAAUUGAGUGUUUUGUGUGGUCAGCAUCUGGCUCUAUUAUUACUGAAGCAUUUGCAUCAGAGUUCCCUACAGUGAUUGCUUACAUUAUAGAUACACCAAGAACAAGUUCUCCAACCACAUUCAUUUCGAAUAUGCUAUAUGCGUGUUCCAUUUUAUACAAGACAAAGAUGCCUAUGAUCUUGGUGUUCAAUAAGACGGAUGUGAAAAAGGCAGACUUUGCCAAGGAAUGGAUGAGUGAUUUCGAGUCUUUCCAGGAUGCUCUUCAGAAGAACAUCAAACUUAGUGAUGAGACAUCGGAAGGAUCCGGAUAUAUGGCAUCGCUAGUCAACUCUAUGAGUUUGGUUUUGGAAGAAUUCUACUCUACUUUAGAUACUGUCAGCUGUUCUGCCUACACUGGAGAAGGAUUCGAUGAUUUUUUGAAAGCAGUGGAUUCGAAAGUUGAAGAAUAUAACGAGAUCUAUGUGAAGGAAAGAGAAAGAGUAGUGAAAGAGCGCAAGGAAAGGGAAAAGGAAAAUAAGGAAAAGAACUUGGAGCAUCUUAUGAGUGAUAUGGGGUUGGAAAAUAAGGAUAAAAAGAAAGAGAAAGAGACUGAAACGGGAGAAAGGAUCGAUGUUCUGUCGGAUAUUUCAUCAGGUAAUGAGGAGGACGAUGACGAUGAUGAGAUUGAUGCACAAAUAAAAAAAGAUGAAGCUAGAGGCUACGAACAUGGAAUAAUCAAUAUUGAUGAUGAUAACGAUAAUGAAGAAGAGGCAUCCAAGAUAUCUUCCGCCAAGAAAGCCAUACAGGAAAGAUACAAGAGAGCAGUGGCCAAUGGUGAAUCAAACACAAAGUUUGCAGCUGAUGUUACCAAAUAUAUUAGGCAGACUCAGGGAUGA